GACACUCUGAAUGUGCUGUGAGGACCAAGUCGCCUCGGAAGAGGAGUAAGAUCAGUCGGAAGAAUCGGCCCUCAUGUUUGGAGGUUGUUUGAUGCCUCCGUUCGCCCCAGCACCGUAAGAGAUGAAUGGGAAAAAAUACAUCGAAGGUUCCGUCUUCCAAGGCUUGAUUUUCGCGUUGACAUUGCUAAUUGGAGUGUUGUGUGAAACAUCGCGAGGGCCUGCGAGAGGCAGACUUCCGCAAUGCCCUAGGACUGCCAGUGCCAGUGGCGUGAGGCUUAUAUACGAGCACCCAUUUCAUUGCACGAAAUUUAUUGAGUGCUGGGGGGCACAACGAACAGUAAAAGACUGUCCACCAGGCACGGCAUUUAGCAAAAGAUUGCGUGCUUGUGAUCAUUUCCACAACGUGGACGAAUGCGGAGUCAGUGGCUAUUCAAUCUGCCAGGGCGUCAAAGAUUAUGAGUGUGGAAAAGCCCCAGCCUCGUUUCAUCACGUUCCAAACUCAAACAGAUUGGAUAACGAGGCAGCCAAAAACUUCCCCUGGCACGCUGCUAUAUAUCGCAAGGAAAGAGGGAAAUUUCAGCAUGUGUGUGGAGGAGCUCUAAUUCUGCCGAACUUGGUUCUUACAGCGUUUAAAUAA